AACCAUAAAUAAAGCAUCACAGCAAUCCUCCAAGUAUAUACAAAAGCACAACCAAACUUCCAAACUCCCAAGCUAGAGUUUUGGCCUAUUAUCCCAACGAUCUUCUUCUGCUUGAGCCAUGGCCCUUAACAUUUGCUUGAGAUUUUUGGCACUAGCUGCCCUUGCAUUUCUCGUCACAAUACAAGGAACUCUUGGAGAGACAUUAGAAUGCGAGAAUUUGAGCCACGACACGUGCGCAUUUGCGGUGUCAUCGGAAGGGAAACGGUGUGUGCUUGAGAAGCGUGUGAAGAGGACAGGGGAAGAAGCUUACACGUGCAGGACUUCGGAGAUAGAAGUUGAAAAACAAAUUAAGGGGCAUAUUGAAAGUGAUGAAUGCAUAAAGGCUUGUGGGUUGGACAGAAAAUCCUUUGGAAUUUCAUCGGACUCACUUAUGGAACGUGGCUUUACACAAAACCUUUGUUCCCCUCAGUGCUACCAAAGCUGCCCCAACAUCGUUGACCUAUACUUCAACCUUGCUGCUGGUGAAGGUGUGUUUCUUCCCAAAUUGUGUGCAGCAAAAGGUGCAAAUGCACGUCGACAAAUGGCUGAGAUCAAAAGCUCUGGUAUCGUGGCACCAGGACCAGUGCACUCUCUUCAAUUUACCGCAAUUUCUCCACAACCUUUUGAUGCUGUGGAGCUCGCAGAUGAACCUGCGGUUGCUCCAUUCCCGCAAUACUAAGUACUAGUAAUUUUCUUAAUGCAUGCAAGAAAUAAUUAAAAUGAGUGUAUUUGAUACUUAGUGGGUGUUUAGUUUGUAAUAAGGAUGUUGCGCCGCACACCAAUAUGUAGCUACGUAGGGGGUUUGGAAUGUGUCAUUAGUUUAUGUAUUCUGUUGUACAAAAUUUUAAUGCUGAAAGUGGUCUCUCAGACUCUUCGCAUUGAAAAUGAGUCUAGCUAGCUAGCUUUCAUUGUUUUUGUUGGUUAAUAUAUAGUGAUUGCUAUUUGAUUGGUUUGAAUAGUAAUCAACUCGAAUUCUUUAUAUACAUGGUUAAGAAUUUAAAUUUGAAAUUCAACUUUUAAUUCUUCAUCCUUAUAUGAAAUUCAAGGUUAGUCUU